AUGUGGGCGGCGCCGCACCCGGGGGCUCUGGUGCCCGCCCCCCCACCACGCCCGGAGGGGGGCCUUGACAACAGUAGCUUGCGUCCUCACGUGUGUCAGUACUGUGGCUAUUCCUUUUGUCGACCCUCGCAGCUCGCGACUCAUAUUAGGAUUCACACGGGAGAGAAACCGUACCGUUGCACCGUGUGCUCGUACAGCGCGGCGCAGAAGGGCAACAUGCGCAGGCACAUGCACCUCGUUCACGGUAUUGUGGUGGAGUCGAACUUCGCCCCGAGUAGCCUCGGCGCUCCCAAGGAGACGCCUUACGGCGUGGCCCUGGGGCUGAUGGCGCAAGCCAUGUCCCGCCUGUACAUGACCCACGCAGGAGCAGCAGCACCUGGCGAGGCUCCCGACCUCUCGCCCUUCUCCACAGAGCCACCUGCCCACCACGUGCCCCACAGCUGCAAGUUCUGCGGCAAGCUGUGCGACACGCCUUCGCAGCUGGCCAUCCACCUGAGGGCGCACACGGGAGAGAGGCCUUUUUGCUGUCCGCACUGCGACUAUCGGGCCACGCAGAAGCACCACGUAAAGAGCCACCUGCAGAGAAGACACAAAGAGCUCGCCCAGGACCCCGAGGCUCACCUCGCCGCGCAGCCUAGGCUCAGCGGACACCUGAUGUGUGCUGUGUGUGGCAAAGUAUUCCCCAAGAGCUCUGAACUGCAGCGGCACCUCAGGAUCCACACGGGGGAGAGGCCGUAUGCCUGCCCCGUGUGCCCCUACCGCGCCGUGCAGGCCACGCACGUCAAGUCGCACGUUGCGCGCCGUCACCCGCACCACAACCCGUCGGUGUGUGAGGGCGGUGGUGGGCGGUGGGUGCGCUCCUUCCAGGGCAAUGUCGCCCUGCCAGCCAUCAGGUGGGAUCGCACUUGUCCUGUGUGUAAGAGAGUGUUUGCACGUCCUGCUGAGCUCACCCGCCACCUCCGCACCCACACGGGGGAGAGGCCGUAUCAGUGCCCGCUGUGUGGCUACCGCGGCACACAGGCCGUGCACCUCAAGGCCCACCUGUUACGCCGACACUUUGUACAUGGGGGCCUAGGGAGUGAGGUGUGGGCAGGACCUGUAGUCAGGAGUGAGCCACUGUUACGAUGGGACCGCAUCUGUCACAUUUGUGGGAAGGGCUUCAGGAGGCCCGCUGAGCUCCGUCGCCACCACCGGAUCCACACCGGGGAGAAGCCAUACACGUGCUCUAUGUGUCCGUACAGGGCGGCCCAGGCGGUGUUUUCCCAGCUGGGUGGCCCAAGCGGAGGCAUGGCCACUGCUUGGACCGGAGGGAUUGGCAUGCUGGCUGGGCUGCGCUGGGACCGCACCUGCUGCCUGUGCGGAAGAACGUUCAUGCGGCCGGCGGAACUGACCCGCCACAUGCGCUCGCACACAGGGGAGAAGCCCUACGCGUGCCACCUGUGUCCGUGGCGGGGCUCGCAAACGUGGCACCUCAAAAACCACCUGGCGCGGGUGCACCUGGGCGUGGGUGUGGGCAUGGGCGUGGUGAGCAGGCUGGGCCUUGUGCAGGUGGCCUUGGCUAGCCGAGGGCUGCAGUCCGAGGAGGAGGGGGAGGAGGACGCCCUGGACACCAGAAAUCCCUCCGACGCUGAGUUUGCCCUCUUAGGCCUCCCCCCCGGCUCCCACGGUGCCCAGUACGUGUGCAAGUUUUGCGGAAAGAUUUUCUUCUACCCUUCCUCGCUGGAGAAGCACAUCCGCACACACACCGGGGAGAAGCCCUUCAAGUGUCCCCACUGUAACUACUCGGCCAGCCAGAAGAGCCACGUCAAGACGCACUUGCAGCGUCGCCACAGUAACCUGUCCUGAACCCCCCACGCACCCACAGCGUGCCGACGCCGCCACCGCCGCCAGGCCGACCUCUCUCGACCCCACAGACUCUCCCUCGCCAGCGUGUUCGGUUGAGGGCCAGCACGCCCAGCGCGAGUAGGAGACAGAGAGAGGGAGAAAGAGGAAGGGGGAGGGGAAGCUAGGGGAGUCGUCGAGGGACGUUGUGCUCUAGGCCCCCGCGGCGCCCCUCCCAGGGUAGUGUGAUUAAUCUGUCCAGGUUAUUGCCGAGCGAGAAGGUGCCGGCAAGGAGCUGAAUGUGGGAAGCGCGAGUGAUCCUGUAUUGUUGAGAUGACAUAGGCAUUACGGUUCGGCCGCGAGUCGAACGAGGCGACCGGGGUGGAGGGCAGGACGGGCAUUCUCUCUCUCUCACUCGUCCGACUUUUGUUAAGUAUGUCGCAUGAAACAAGUCCAAAACGUGGUAGAGAAGAAUACCGGAAGUAGAGAAUACAAAAACAUAGACAGUGGGGAACAUUAUGGUGUUUGGGAAUAAGGCAUUAGACAGUUCUGUUUAUCUUGUACAAGAAUGAAUGGUUAGUGGUGAUGUCAGUGUAGUUUCAGUGACAUGAAACGGAAGGAGGGAAAGUCAGUGGUAGAAAAAAAAUGAGUUAGAACCUGCAAACGACAACUGGCAGUGGCCGGAAGGAACCCGCGGCAGAGGAGAGAGAGAGAAUAAUCCUAAUAAGGAAGACUCAGGAACAGGGCGCUUGCUGUUUCAGAGGAGGGAGGAGGAAGGCAUCCCCUGAGUGCGGGCUCGCUCACAGUCUGGAGGCGAUGUCAGGUGGAAGGGGACGUCAUUCACAUUGUAUACUAAUGUUUCCCUCCUGAGUGCACACGACGAUGUGACACCAAGUUCAAUCUUUUGAUGUGAGAGCCGGCGUGUGUGUCUGUUUGUGGGUGUGGGUUUUAUUUGUGAUAAUCUUAGAGUAUAUAUUAGUAAACGUUGGAGAGGUUUGAGGUCUUCCCUUAAAAAGAAACUUUUAGGGGAACAUGUAUAUUAGGAAAAUGUUGGGAGUUUUUCUGCCUUUUGAUUAUUUUCUUCUCGUAUAUAGAUUUUUUUAAAGGAAGAUAUUUUCUGUCUGUCUGUCUGUCUGUUUGGUGGAGUGUCUCGAAAUGGGAGAAGAGAAGAAGCAUUACACGAGUAUGAAGGGACCGUACUACCGCGCACGAACGCACGCACACACGCACGACUGGGUUGGAGUGUUCGCUAUUUUCGCCUCGGCUCCUUCGAUUACAAGUUAAUAGGAACUAGUUCAUUUUCCCUUGAUUAUUUCAUUCGCUUCGUGGAGGAACAUGCACAUAGGGAGGCGAUGGCAUCGAGCAGUUCUUUAUACUCUGACACUACAGCUAGCGUAUAAAGCGUUCCAGAAGUAAAGAUAUCAGAGUAGCAGCGAUCGCCAGUCAGCGUUACUGUUCUCCCCAGCGGGCGUGGACGGUAUAGCAGUUCUGUGCUCUGCGGGUCGCCUGGCAUGACGGGGGCGUGGGUGGCUGAGUCUGCUGCCGCUGCUGCCUCAUUCGCAGCUGUAUCGUGACUGUUUUAAGAUGAAUGUAAGAUAUGCAUCGUUGGCCUUUUGAGACGAGCGUGCCAUUGGUUGUCACGCGUGGGUGCAGCCGCCGCGCCACCGCCUCCGCCGCGCCGUUACCGUCAGCUGCGUAUAAACGGGGAACGAACAGCGUGUUAUUUUUUCCCGGCUACCGGUAAAACCUCAGGAGGGAAGAGAAAUGUCCAGUUCGUUUUCUUUAAACAGUUUCUCGUUUAAAUUUGAGGAAUCGGGAUGUAAAAUCCAAGUAAUACAUUAGUUUUUUUUUUUUUUUUUUUUGGUUGAGUUGUAUUUUAUCACUCAUGUAAAAAUACCAGGAAGUGUUAUGAGUUCGUUUCAUUUCGUGGGAACCGUCUCGAGAACGAGGGAACCCCCCUUGAUUUGCAAGUAGAAAAACUUUAUAAGAAUUCCUCCUUUCGCCCCUAUCGCCCUUCUCUCCCCCUCUCUCCCCUCUCUCCACUUUCCCGUGCCCCCCCCCUUCCCCCCUCCGCAACGGAAGAACUGUUAAGGCGUCCAGAGGUAGGUCGCUAGUUUGCGGCUUUCCCAGCGGGUGUAACGCGGUCAGCUAUACGCCCCCCAGCCCCCCUUUACAGAUACGCCUUCCCACCCCCUUCCCUUGUCGCCCUUCCGACGCACGCCCCUCCCUCCCCCCCUUCUGCGACGCCGCCGGGCCCCGCCCCGCCACCCAAUAACCAGUCAUCCAGGCCGUUCGCCCGAGCUGCUGGAAGGGUGUGCGUUCGUGCGUGCGUUCUCGUGCGUGUGGAUGUGCGUGCGCGCGUUUGUGUGUGAGUGAGUGAGUGAGUGAGUGAGUGAGUGGGUGCGCGCGCCACUUUAUUGAUUUUAUAUCAUUAGAUACAACACUACAAAGUGAUAUUUGUAUUUAUAAGUUUAAGCUUUACUCUCGACAUAUGUGGGUGUUGAGUAGAAAUGUUGUAGGUUGGGGUGGGAGGAAUGGGGUAUUUAUUUUAGUUUAAUGGUCUGUCUUCCUUGUUAAGUUAGGUGAGAGAGAGAGAGAGAGAGAGAGAGAGAGAGAGAGAGAGAGAGAGAGAGAGAGAGAGAGAGAGAGAGAGAGAGAGAGAGAGAGA